AUGGGUUUGGCGAUUUUGGCCAAUGCAAUCCUGAUGGGAGUCCAAGCAGAUCUGGCCGUGCACAGCGCACGCACCGGCGAGUUGGAGCCGCCGGCGGUGCGUGCAGUGGCGGUUGUCCUUGGCGUCAUUUUCACUGUGGAAUUGGUGUUGAGAAUCUUCGCUUUCCGCUUGGACUUCUUCACCAAGCCCGGGUGGAAAUGGAAUAUCUUUGAUUUCACACUGGUUUUCCUUCAGAUCAGUGAAGAGGUCGUGACGGCUGUGGUCUACACCGAUAGCACGUCCAGAACCGUGAACCUGAGCUUUAUGCGCAUUUUGCGGGUUCUCCGCUUGGUCCGAAUUGUCCGGCUGGUUAGAGUGCUCCGUCUCAUCCGCGAACUUAGGACCUUGGUAGAAUCCAUUGCAUCAACGAUGACUUCCUUGUUGUGGACGGUGGUGUUGUUGCUUCUCUUGAUUUUUGUCGUGGGCAUUUGCUUCACUCAAGUGGUUGCUGAUGUUGCGACGGAGUCGCCUCAACUCUUGCAGGAGGGAACUGACACCUUUGAGUUUUAUGGCUCUCUCAUGCGAUCUGUGAUGUCCUUGUACCAAUCCAUCACAAGUGGAGUCAGCUGGAGAGAAGCUUCAGUCCCACUGGAAAGGCACUCCGCUGUGAUGGGCCUUGUUUUUGCUGUUUACAUUGCAUUUGCUGCCUUGGCGAUGCUGAAUGUCAUCACGGGCGUGUUCGUCGAGUCAGCGAUGGCCUCCGCACGGGAGGAAAAUACCGUCACCGUGGUGAGUCGCAUGAGGGAGAUUGUGCACCAGAUGAAGAUUGGCGAGUCCGACCCUGAGCGCUCGGAGCAUAUCGGAGCUGUUUUUCAUGUCGAAACGCCACGCGAUCGAACCUUCUUCGCCUCGCCUCCGGGCAUCUUCACUCCACUGAGUUCGGGCCAGAUGACAUGGGAACAAUUCGAAGGGCAGCUGGACAAUCCCGUCAUGGAGGCUGGGCGAAACAGGAUGGCUAAGACUGGCACAAAGACCGCGCUUGGUCGACUGGCGCAUAUGCACCAGCUCAGCGCCUCAAAGCUGCCCUUGGACCUUCCCCGCCCCCCCCCGGCAGCCACUCUGCCUCCGCCUCCAGGGGGACCGCGAGAGGGGUCCAACCGCCGCCCACCGCCCACCGCCAACCAGGAAGAACGCCGACGAUCGUUCGACUCGGGGGUCGCACCGCGGUGGUCGGACGGAGCGACGGCGGAGCGACGGCGGAGCGACGAGGCGUACUUCAAAUCGAUUGACCUCAGCGUCACGGAGGCCCGGAGCCGGCGCCUUGGUGCGAGACGAGACGGGGACGAACGGGGCGUGCGUGACAAGGUGUGA